GCUGCCUGUAUCAUAAUCAUUUUUUUAUUCUUUAUUUACCAACAAAAAAAAACAACGAUUCUCUCUCCUCUCUCACUCUUCCACGCUUUUCUCUUUCGUUCUAAGAACCCUAAAACGGAAUUGGAGUAGCCGGUGGGGAUUUUGUUUCUGACCGGCGACGAGAGACAGAAUGGCGAAUACGGACUUGCAGAUGACCCCUCAGUUGGAGCAGAUCCACGGAGAAAUUCGUGACAAUUUCCGAGCUCUCGCGAAUGGCUUUCAGAAGCUGGAUAAAAUUAAAGAUUCCAAUAGACAAAGUAAACAGCUGGAGGAUCUUACAGGGAAGAUGAGGGAGUGUAAAAGGCUAAUCAAGGAGUUUGAUCGAGAAAUUAAAGAUGAAGAGGUCAGAAAUCCUCCUGAGGUUAAUAAGCAACUCAACGACGAGAAGCAAUCCAUGAUCAAAGAGCUGAACUCAUAUGUGGCCUUGAGAAAAACGUAUAUGAGCAGCCUUGGCAAUAAGAGGGUUGAACUCUUUGAUACAGGAGCAGGUGUUAGUGACCCUACAGCUGACGAAAAUGUUCAAGUUGCAUCAGCAAUGUCAAAUCAGGAGCUUAUAAAUGCUGGUACGAAGACGAUGGAUGAGACUGAUCAGGCUAUUGAACGCUCCAAACAGGUUGUUGAACAAACAGUUGAAGUGGGAACCCAAACUGCUGUUACUUUGAAAGGCCAAACUGAACAAAUGGGUCGUAUUGUUAAUGAGCUGGAUACAAUUCAGUUCUCUAUUAAGAAGGCAUCCCAGCUUGUGAAGGAGAUCGGUAGGCAGGUGGCUACAGAUAAAUGCAUCAUGCUUUUUCUUUUUCUUAUUGUCUGCGGUGUAGUAGCCAUAAUUAUUGUGAAGAUUGUGAAUCCCAACAAUAAAAGCAUCAGGGACAUACCUGGAUUGGCUCCUCCGGCUCCCGCCGCACGGAGACUGUUGUAUCUCAGGCCUCGGGAACAUUUUGAGUAAAUUCAUCUCCAGUGAGGGAGUAGCUAUUCUGGUCCAUUAUUUUGAUUGGCGUUGUGGGAAGAAACAAGAAGGAAGAUUGGAGCCGGAGUAAUGAUAUUUGCGGCAAUCUGUUGGUUUUUAUUUUAAUAUAUUCUUGGCUGACAUGUGCAUAUGAUGUUUAUGGUUUUCUUUGUAUAAAUCGUUUGUGAGGUUUGGUUUUUUACACUGAUUACCUUUGCAUUGUUUUGAAUGCUAUGGUCUUUCUGUAAACCUUCCAAGACUGUUGUAGUGUUAGAAGAAAUAAUCUGUUGAUAAACUCUGCAAUGAAAUCCCAUAUACUUGUCCUCGUUAAA